CCGUCUCUUCACAUUAAAUUGAGGAAAAAAAACUUUCAUCACUGCCUCUAUAUCAUUCAUCACUUUCUUCCAAGGUCCAUCUUUCAUCUCCUUCUUCCCUAGCCAAAGGAGAAAGAAAGAAAGAAGAAACCUUCCCUAUAGCCAAAGGAGAAGGAAAGAAAGAAGAAACCAUGGAUGACAUAGAUGUUGUAUACAAAUACUAUUGGGAAAAUAUGUUCCUCCAAACUGAGCAACUAGCAAGUUAUUUUGAUGAAUCAUUUUCAUUUCAUGAUUCAAACUCUCCUGAUGGAGCACAAUCAUCAGCAGCAUCAAAGAACAUUGAGUCGGAGAGGAAGAGGAGGAAGAAACUGACUGAAAGGCUCCAUGCACUUAGAGCUGUGGUCCCCAAUAUCAGUAAGAUGGACAAGGCUUCAAUUAUUAAAGAUGCCAUAGACUACAUACAAGAACUGCAUAAUCAAGAGAGAGUGAUUCAAGCUGAAAUAUCAGAACUGGAGUCAAAGAGGAGUAUAUUUCUUGAUUUUGAUGAAGAAAUAAGCUGUAAUUCCAAGCCAAAGAGAUCAAGAUUUGAGCAGACCUGUGAUUCUGUAGGGUCCAGAUCAUCUCCCAUUGAAGUUCUUGAGACCUUUCAAAAAUCAAUUCUACAGUUAAGGGUAUCUCACAUUGGAGAGAAGACUAUUGUAGUGAGCCUCACAUGCAGUAAAAGAACAGACACAAUUGUAAAGAUCUGUGAAGUCUUUGAAUCUUUGAAUCUCAAAAUCAUUACAGCCAACAUCACUGCAUUUUCUGGCAGGCUUCUAAACACUGUAUUCUUAGAGGCUAACGAGGAAGAAAAAGAUGUUUUGAAGAUAAAAAUUCAAACUGCAAUUGCAGCUUUAAAUGAUCCAGACAGCCCUAUGAGUGUGUGAAGAGAAAGAAUGAGGCUCAGCAUUGUGACUUAUCCUAGAAUGCAUCUAGGGAUAAUAGAUGUCAACAACGAAAUCUGUUCUCUUCUGGUCAAGUUUUUUCUACUGUGGUAAUUAGGUCGUCGUUUAGUUCCUUUUCAAGAGGAUGAUUCGAAUAAGUAAUGUGCUUUGGCUUUGAUUGAUUUUUUUUUUUUUUUUUUUGGUGUCUGUCUUGCGUGUAUAUAUGACACACAAGUUUUACGAAGGUCCGAUCUUUCUACUGUUUGGCUGUUUAGACCAAAGCA